AUGACCCGCUUUCUCCUUGGCACAUCGUCUGACUUGCUUGUAGACUUGGUCAUCUUUGCGCCCUUCAACAAACCGCAGGGCGGACGGCAAGAACCCCCACCGCUUCCGCAUUCCGCUCAUUCGCAUCUUGCUUCCCGCGACGCUGACGCGGAACCCUCGAAACUCGCCGCCAUCGGCAUUCCCCACGCUGAACUCAUCACAGUUAACGACGCGUUGGACGACAAGUUGUUUGCUACGCCGGCGAAUUUGGACGAAAGCAUGAUUGAAGAGCUGCUGCACACGUUCGAGUCGCAGCUCACAAUUAUAUUUACUUCGUCGAUCAUUGCGACUAAUCGUCUGUGCCGUCUGCUGCAGCUCUUCUCGUCGGAGCUGCAUGGUCUUACUCAAAAGCAGCGAUCGCAACUCGUCCAGCAAUGCAAGAAAUGUGCGAUCAAGGUCGUGGUGUGCUCGGAUGCCAUGGCCCGCGGUAUGGACAUUGCCCACGUCUGCAACGUCAUCAACUUCGUAGUCCCUCCGUACCUCAUGAAGACCCUCUUGCCUCGGUACUACCGCGUCGACGUCCACCACCACAACAAAAGCGCCAACGUCGACUGCGUCGGCCACCACGACCUCUGCACCAGCGACGACCUCGCUGGCACCGACCUCGACGACCACCACCUCCGCACAAGCGACGACCACGCUCGCUGCGACAACGACCCCGCUUCCCACCCCGUGGUCAUUAUCGAGCCAAAACUAACUACAACUGGGAUGGGAUUUACACUGGAGAGCGUUGCAAAGAUGCAACGUAUGGAUUUCCAUCAUCACCUGCAGGAAGCGUGUCAAUUUGCAGAGGCGAUGGUUAUUCAUCUGUUGGCAAGCGUUGCCCACUCAAGGGGGGUAUCCCUGUGGUUGGCUGUGGUCCCGGGAUCCCCUCGUUGA